GUCAGUCUGAGAGAAGAGGAGCAGCAGGAGGAGACGGACCGUCCUCCUCUCCUCUGUAAUGACAAGCUCUCAUCCCCCCUCUCUCUCCAACUCCUCAUCCUCCAGGAUUCUCCCUCAUCGCGCUCCUUCCUCCUUUCCUCACUUGCGCCUAUUUUCCAUCAUUUCUUUUCAUCCUUUUUUACUUUCUCUAAACCCCUCCUCAACCCUUAACACCUCCAAAGAUGUGAGGAGAUAAUGAGGACCCCCUGCGUGCGCUGCUGACUUGGAUCCUCCGUGCAUCCUUAUCAUCCGCUCUCAGUGUUUUUUUCUCUCUCUCUCUCUUUUUCUUGGACGUCCAUCUGCCUCUUAGAAAUGUAAGCGGCGUGCUGUCAGUUCAGUGAUGAAGAAGCCAACAACUUGCCCUCUUUUCCCUGCACCUUAUAUAUUUGCUCUUUCCGAUGGAGGAAAGGUAUAAAUGCUUUUGCGGGGAGGCAAAGUUUGAGGGCACCUGCUCACCUGUCCGCCUUUGCUUUUAAUUAAUAUCCAGGAAGAGGACAGAACAACAGAUGAAGAACUUCUGAGCAAACUGACAUUUGUUCUGGCAUUUUUAUUUAUUUUUUUAAGUGGGAUUUGUCCGCCUUCUUGGAGGAAUUCGAUGUGCGCCACGUUGAAGGAUAUGGCUUAAAACGACCAUGCUGGCUUUGACAGCUGGAGUAAGGUCCGUUACUUGAGUGCUUUUGUCUCUACAAACCAGAAUUUGCCCCCAGACUUUGGUGGAAAGCCGUCCAAAUGGGAGGGUACCUGGAGGACUGAGGCGGAUUCGGCAGCCGAGAUAAGAUGUGGAUGAAAAGAAGCGCUGCGCGCAGUUUGUCUGCUUUGAAGCCCGGCAGCUGUGUGGGGCAUCGAGUCUGGAUCCUGCUGGCCAUGACUCACCUCACCUUGGACUUCUCUGUCUGCAGCCCCCUCACUCAGGGUCUGGGGUUCAAGCUGAUGCCUAAAUUUGUUUCUCGCUCCCGGCCUCGCUUGCAGCCUCUCUGGGAAAUGCCAAACAAGCUUCACUGGAGAACAGCGAGUCCGCUUGCACGCCGGCUCCUCCACCCCAUUCCUCCUCCUCAAGACAACAGGGCAGGGAUGGGGCUGAAAUCCAAAGGUCAAACGCAUCGGAAGUUAGCUCAUAAAGGACAAGCUGCAUGUAAGGAAUGCUGGUUGAGAUACUCUCAAACGGAGCCAAGUGACCCUUUGGCUGGGAAAGUGGAAGCUCCAGUGAUGUUAUCAAAAGGGAGUUUAUUGAAGAGAGCCAGGAGGCAACUCAAGUGGGACAGCUAUGACAAGUCUCAGGAGGGCCGGACUACUACGGUGCCUAGUUUCAUUGACUGGGGACCCACAGGGACAGAUAGCAUAGAUGAUGAUGGCAAAGCAGAAUUCAAUGCAACGCUGUCCACUAGGGCCCCAACUACCACAGUGGCAACAACCACUAGCACUACUUCAAGGCUCUCCUUAAGGACGUUACCUGUGGUGACUUCAACAGAGUCCAAGAGCACCACCAAGUCCUCCAUCAGCAAAACAGAGACUGCCAAACCACCAAAGCCAAUUGGGGACCCUCCAGGUUUGGCAGUUCACCAGAUAAUCACAAUCACUGUGUCUUUCAUCAUGGUGAUCGCAGCCUUGAUCACAACACUCGUCCUUAAAAACUGUGCGUGUUUUUGUAGCUGUGCGCAGUCUGGAAAUGGCCGCCACAAUAGCCAUCAGAGAAAGAUCCACCAGCAGGAGGAAAGCUGCCAGAACCUGACAGACUUCACCCCGGCCCGUGUGCCCAGUAAGGUGGACAUCUUCACUGCCUACAAUGACAGCCUGCAGUGCUCACAUGAGUGCGUACGGACUGCUGUGCCCAUCUACACUGAUGAGAUGAUCCAGCAGACACCCGUCUAUAAGACAGCUUACAAUGGAAACAGGCCCUCCCCCACUGAAAGACAACUGAUUCCUGUGGCCUUUGUGUCAGAGAAAUGGUUUGAGAUCUCUUGUUGACGAGCUUGGGGCUUUUUACUCGUUCACUGGGAAACACUUCAUAAAUACACGCUCUGGAUCCAGCUGGAAAUGACAAACUCACAAAAACAGCAAAUUUUGUAAAAUAGUGUAAUCUCUACUUGGACACUUUUGAAGAUAUUUAUUUUUCUAGAGUAAACAAGGUGAACAGCUGUUGAGCCGCUCCUCCAUCUUUCCUGAGAAACAGAAUUCAUUUAGGUAGAGAGUAUAUAUAUAUAUAUAUAUAUAUAUAUAUAUAUAUAUAUAUAGAUAGAUAUAUUUACAGGAUGUAUGGAACAAGACUACGGACAUCAAAGAUGUAUCAUGGAAAAUAUUUGACUUUAGGUAAAGGAGCCCAAGAAGCUGCUUUAGGCGGAAGACAAACUGUAUUUCUGAACAAUGUGCCAAUAAUGCCACUAUGUGCCACUACCUGGAUAAAAGGAGGUUAAACAAAAAAAAACAAACUGAAG